AACCCGGAAUUCGAUUUAAAGUCUCUGUCGAUUCUAAUGAAACUGUUGAGAUAGAAAUGGUCAAACCUAGUUCUUCGGCCAAGAAGUGUAACAGCAAAAUCGCAAAAGAUAUUGGAACGGAGUGGAAAACUUUGGCAAGAGCAUUUAAAAUUGGUCAACGCGACAUCAAUAAAAUUAUAGCUGAAAAUAAUGGAUCAGUUGACGAUCAAUGUGCGCAAAUGUUGAGUAUGUAUGCGAGUAGGAAAGGUCGGAGUUACACAAAGAGAGCAUUAGUUAAAGCACUCUUUAAAAGCGGGCUGCGCUCUGUAGCUGAAGAUCAUCGUAUGUGUAAAGUUAUUUCUACAUAUAAAAAUUCAAAAAGGAAAUCCAAUACUGUAAAAGAAGAUGAUACGAUAGCGUAUCUCAAGCGUAACACGACAAGACUCUGA